AAGAGGUUAAAAAAUGGGUAGUCAGUCGGACUGGAAUAAUGAUAUGAAUGAAUAUUCAUCCGUAGAAAUAAAAAAUUCUGAGAAGCUCACAGAAGAAGAUGAUUUUGAUUAUUAUUAUACUGAUGAUAACAUAGCGAGGAGGAGAGAGGAAACCGACCUGAAAGGCAUUGGGGUUGAAGAAGAGAAGAAAGAAAAGAAGCAAGAAAACACCAAAGUAUUUGUUCAACCUUGCUGGGUAAAGUUUAUUGUGCCAGUUAUUGCCAUCAUCAGCCUGACAUUUGCAGCACUGGCUGUAUAUCUUUUGGCCUGGAAAAUCUACCAUACAACCCAUGGAGAAAUGAGGGAAGAAUCAGUCGUUCUGCUAGGAGGAGACUAUGGCAUCACUGAGAGUUAUCCUUGCAAUUUGUCGAUUCCAGACGUACCAAAUAGUAGCUAUGCUCCAGGAGCAGCAGUACUAAAAGGGGUUAUUUACUACUGUGGGGGACGGUUGGAUGGUGUCAUCAGGAAUGAGUGCUACAAGUACAUGGGAGGAAGUUGGGUCCCUGCACCUUCUAUGAAGGAAUCUAGACAAUAUUUUACAAUGACAUCCUUUGAUGACGUCAUUCUUGUAACAGGAGGGGAUUCACGCUCAACGGAAAUGGGAAAAUCAAAAUCCAUUGAGAUAUUUGAUGGAUAUACCUGGACACUUUUAGAACAAAACCUGUCAUUUGGAAGAGCUGGUCAUUGUCCUGUUAGAAUCAGUGACUCUACAGUAUUACUCAUUGGAGGAUACAUCUCAAAUAACACUGAUAUUUCGACAAUAGAGCUCUAUGACUUUUCUGGGAUUCUUUUAGCCACUCUUCCAGAUAUGCCUACACCUAGAACUGGAGCAGGGUGCUCUUUGUUCCAGAAUGAAAUCUAUGUAUCAGGUGGCUCCUUGGGCGGGUAUAUCAAACAAACUGUUGAGGUUUACAAUCUUGAAGGCCGAGUUUGGAGAAACAUCCAGUUAAUGAAACGGCACCGAUAUUUACCCAUCAUGGCAGUUGUCAAUGGUAACCUAAGUGUUUAUGGAGGACAAGGAAGCCCAAGCUCGAGUAUGGAAGUUUACACUGAAGAAGGUUGGGUUGAAAGUAGUAUGAAGUAUAAUCAUGAUGGUCAUGCUGGUGUGAUAGUUGUCUGCAAUUAAAAUAUUCAUAUUGUUAUACCUAGACAGUAAAUACAUUUAUUUUCUACUUUA